AUGUCCUCGACCUACAAAUCUGCAUUCUUCUUCCUUGCCCUUGUAUUGGUGAUCACCCUCACUUUUGACUCCAUUCUAAUUCCAGUCUCGGCCUCUCCUCUUCACAAACGUCAAACCAAUACAGAAUCUCAAAAAGGUGGAUUAUGGUAUGGCACAUUCACCGGGCAAGCUACAUACUAUUCGAUUGGUUUGGGCGCUUGUGGUAAACAAAAUACAGAUCAACAACUAGUAGCCGCACUUCCACACAGCAUGUUUGAUCCAUCGCCCAAUGGAAAUCCCAAUUUAAACCAAAAUUGCGGAAGAACCGCCACUCUCUUUUAUGGAGGCAAAUCGGUUACUGUCACAAUCAAGGACGAAUGUAUGGGCUGCGAGUUCGGUGACAUGGAUUUGAGUCGUAAGUGUUUGAUGAAUUUGAUGAUUUCAUUUUGGAAAAAUAGUCGCUGA